GGGCGUGGCCGGGGCUCGCGGGGGCGUGGCCGGGGCGCACCUGGGUGACGUCACGGCUCACCUGCGAUGGCGGCGGGGCGGCUCCUCCCGGUGCUGCUGCUGCUCGCGGGGGGCGCGGGGGGAACCGGCCCCGACCCCCCCGGUGGUCCCGCCGCCCUCGCCGCCCGGUGCCGGUUACCGGCGCUCACCGGCCGCUGCCGCGCCUCCAUCCCGCGCUGGUUUUUCAACGCCUCCUCCGGGAGCUGCGAGAGUUUCGUGUUCGGCGGCUGCGGCGGCAACGGGAACAACUUCGGCAGCGAACGGGAGUGCCGGGAGAGCUGCGGGGCUCCGUCCGAUCUCGGCAGCGCCAACUCCACCCUCGCAGAGCUGUGCUCGGCGCCGCCGGUGCCGGGGCCGUGCCGGGCGGCGUUCCCGCGCUGGUUUUACGUUCCGGCGGAGAAAUCCUGCCGGGAAUUCACCUACGGCGGCUGCCGCGGCAACGCCAACAACCACCGGGACCGGAGCGAGUGUCUGCGGCGCUGCCGCCCCCGCGAUGAUCUCGGCGAGGAAUUGCGGCGAUUCUUCUCCUCCAAAGGAGCCUUUUGGGGUGCCCUGCUGGUUUUGGGGGGCUCUCUGGCGGCCGGGCUGGGCCUGGCCCGGGGUCGGUACCGGGGUCGGUGUCGGUGUCGGUGCCGGGAGGAGCCGCGAGCGCCGGGAGCCGCCGAGGACCGGGAGCGGCUGGUGAAGGAGCCCAGCCUCGCCUGAACCCCCAAAUCGCCUGAAAUCACCCCAAAAACAGCCCGAAAUCACCCCAAAUAUAGCCCGAAAUCACCCCAAA